AUGCCGUCGUUCGCUCAGACUCCAAGUACUCUACAGCCUGCCGAGGUUGCUGUGGCACUCGUAGACGCUGCUGUAGUUAAGCAUCGGACACGCCUUGAUAAGGUCUUCUUCAAAGCUUUUCUUGCCGGCGUCAUGCUGUCGUUCGGCGGACUGCUCUCAGAGCUGAUUCAAGGCGGGUCUGCAGGCAUCGCCGCCUCCAAUCCUGGGCUUGUGAAAGUAAUGGGCGGCUUCGUGUUCCCCGUGGGACUCGUCAUGAUCGUCCUACAAGGUCAAGAGCUUCUCACGAGCAAUAUGAUGACAUUCCCCAUGGCGCUUCUUACUCGUGCUAUCCCGUGGUGGAGUCUUCCCCUGAACUGGCUUGUUGUCACGUUUGGGAAUCUUACGGGAAGUCUCUUCUUUGGGGCCAUCCUGGUCAAGUAUAGCGGCAUCCUGUCCACUGCGCCCUACGACUCGUUCGUGCAGACGUUUGCCCUUCACAAGGCGAAGGAUCCCGAGUGGCACCAGAUCUUCUUGCGUGGAAUAGGAUGCAACUGGCUGGUCAGCAUUGCGAUUUGGCAAGCCGCAGGAGCCCGUGACACGAUCUCAAAGAUCUACGCGAUAUGGAUCCCUAUCUGGAUCUUCGUCUCGUGCGGCUUCGACCACGUUGUCGCCAAUAUGUUCUCUGUACCUUUGGGUAUUAUGUUCCACGCUGAUCUGACGACUGCUGAGUACAUUCGCAAAUCUCUCAUUGCGGCAUACAUUGGGAACAUCGUUGGAGCUUCAUUUGUGGCUCUACCUGCGUGGUACUUCUACUUGUGGGCUGCCGAAUCGGGAGUACGCACAAUGAAUCAGGCGGAGACGGGCGAGGUGUACCCGGAGUCGCGUACACCUGACUCGAUCCGGGAGGACGAGCAGAUGAAGCGGCAGUGA